AUGGAAUCUUUGUCGCAUUUAACGGAUACCGAUCGAGAGAUUUUGAAUAAAUCGUGGGCUAUUGUUUCCAAGUAAGUUUUGAAUCGUAUAUUGGAAUGGAAGCUCUAAAAGCGUUGCUCCUUUCCAAAUUGAAAAUCUGGAUGUGGGUCCUAGACAAUCAAGCGUUGAUCCUUGAUAGUUGAAAUUUUUAGACAUGACUUGUUGAUAACUAGAAUUUCUAGGCGUAUGUUGAUAAAAACCCUGAACUUCCAAAAAAAAGCUCCUCGGCAAUUUCUAAUCGUUUUUUUCCAGAGACAUGCAACAAGUUGCUGUGAAUAUUUUCCAAAUGAUUUUCGAACAAGCUCCAGAUGCCAAACUCAUGUUCUCAUUUAUGAUGAAAGACUACAAGUUCACAAUUUUUAUUAUUUUUUCUUCCAAUUAUUUUAUCUCUCCUAAAAAUAAUUUUUUCAGGGAAGACAAAAAGAGCAACGAGUUCAUUUUUCAUGCCGUCCGGUUUAUACAGGUAUUUGAGGAUUUUCUCUUUUUUUUUAAAUUGUAAUACUAUUUUCUAACAAAAAAGGUAAUCGAAUCAACGAUGACACAUUUGGAUGAUCCUUCACAAUUGGAUGCAGUGUUUUUGAAUUUGGGAAAAAUUCAUGCAAGACAUGAAGAACAAUUAGGAUUCAGGUAAGUAACUAUUGAUUGAAAGAACUUUUUUGGAUUCAGAGAUUUUUAGAGAAAAAAGAACAACGCGAAGAAAACUUAUACUGUAGUUUCAGCACAGCUUCAUUAUUUCCAGAAAAAUAUAUAACGUAGAACAGUUUACUUUUUAAUAUUUUUAAGAAAUUUCUAUUAUAUUUACAAAAAAUUUCUAUAAGACUCUCAAAGUUUCUGGGAUUUAAAUUACUAGGAUAAGUAAUAUUUAUUGUGAAACCCCGUGUUAUCACUUUAUCCUGUGGAGUACUGUAGGUUUUUACGUGGAAAUUAAAAAAAUGUACCUUUUUUUAAAUAUUUUUUUUAAAAAUCAUCCUCACAUUCAGCUAAUUUUCCCGAGAAUUUUUUUUAAAAUGUAAUUUCCCCCAUCAAAAUUCUCGCAACAUAUCUAAAAUUAUGAAUGUUUUCAGUGCUCAUUAUUGGUCGGUGUUCAAAGAAUGUGUUUUGUUCCAUUUUCGUCGCGCAAUGAAAGCUGACAAAAAGUUGUUAUUCGAGUAUGAUACUUCGAUGCGUCGACGAUCAAUUUUCAGAUUUUCCAAAAAAUCCGACAUGACAUUUGCCGAAAUCGACUCAGCCAUCAUUCUUUGGCGAGAAGUUUUGCGAUUUAUUAUCGAUCGAAUGAAAGUCGGAUAUUGUGCGACUGGUGCUAUUCGAAAAGCCAAUAAACAGGUAAAAUUGAUAUUUUUAUGAUCUCUAAAAUUUUAUUCAUUUCAUUUUCAUUUUAAAUGACUUUUCUCAUCUUCCUGUAUAAAAAUAAAAUAAAAAAUAAAAACUGGAAAUAGAAAUAAAAAUGUACUUCUUUCUUGAGUUAUGAAUAAUUCAUCAAUUUACACAUGAGAUAUACAUAUUUUUAAAACGCCAAAAAAGUUUCGGAAUGAAUUAUAUAUUUAAAAUCGGGGGAGAAAAAUGUCUGCAAUUGGAGAUUGAAAAAAGUGAUUUUUUUCGGGAUUUCAUUAAUUUUUUUUAGGUGCUUAGGUUUUCCCUAGGAAAAAAUUCCCUCAAAAGUUUAGAUUUUUUUUGAAUUUUAUGAAUGUUAAAAUUUCUUUUGGACUUUUUUCUUACUGUAGGGUUUUCAUCAGAUGAGUUAAAUUUGAAUUUACAAGUUCACAAAAAUAUAAAUUUAGCAAACAGAAAAAAAUGAAAAUUAAUAUGAGCAAUAUCUUCACAUAGUGUGAUUUACUACCCGAAAAAUUCCACGAGAAUAUAUCAUUUAAAUGUUUUCAGGCAAUAAAUGGCAGUCAUUCUUCGGAUCAUCCAACAUCAAAUUCGCAUAAUUUAUCAGUGGAAACAAAACAAGAUUUGACUCAGGUAUCUUGUUCCUCUUCUCCCUCUCAUUCUUCUUCUUCCUGUCCACCUCCUCAUUCCUCGCAUUUACUCCCAUUUCCCCCUUCUUCUACUUCCCUUAUUCAAAAACAUCGCAUGGCUCGACAUUCCGUUGGAAUUGUAAAAACACUUGGAACAACACAUACGACAUUAGAUGAUCAACAAAAUUCAACGACGACAAAUUGUGGACUUUUCAAAUCAUUAGCUGCACUUUCACCAAAAUGUGUUCGCCGUAGAUUUUCGAUGGAUAAUGUUAAUAUGCAUGAUUGA